GUUUUGAAAGAAAAAAUGCGGAAAAAUUGGAAAAAUUCGCCGAAAUUCGUACGAAAAGUCGAUAAGACAAAAAUCUUACCAGUCGUUGGUGAAACGAAUAUUCUAAUUACCUCCGCUCUUCCUUAUGUCAAUAAUGUUCCACAUUUGGGAAAUAUUAUUGGAUGUGUUUUAAGCGCUGAUGUUUUUGCAAGGUAUUGUCGGCAGAAAGACUUCAAUUGUUUAUUUAUAUGUGGUACCGAUGAAUAUGGAACAGCAACUGAAACUAAAGCGCUUCAAGAAAACGUGGCACCGAAAGAAAUCUGUGACAAAUAUUUCUUAAUUCAUAAAGCUAUUUAUGAGUGGUUUAAUAUUGAAUUCGAUAACUUUGGAAGAACCACAACAGAACAUCAGACUGAACUUACACAAGAGAUUUUUCUGAAUAUUUUUGAAAAUGGAUAUACAUCAAUUGCUACAUUAGAUCAAUUAUUCUGCGGAAACUGUAAAAGAUUUUUGGCAGAUCGAUAUGUACACGGUGAAUGCCCAAUGUGCCAUUUUGACGAUGCUCGUGGCGAUCAAUGUGAUGGAUGCGGUAAAUUAAUAAAUGCAGUGGAGUUAAUUAAUCCAAGAUGUCAAAUCUGCAAUUUAGCUCCUAUUGUUAAGCCAUCAAAACAUAUAUUUGUUCGACUUGAUUUACUUUCUGAUGAUGUGGAAAAACAUUUAAAUAAUGUUAUAAAUGACAAAAAUAGUAAAUGGUCUACAAAUGCGAUAUCGAUUGCAAAAAGUUGGAUAAAAGGUGGUCUUGAGAAGCGAUGCAUUACGAGAGAUAUGAAAUGGGGAAUUCCGGUUCCACUUCCAGAUUUUGCUGAUAAAGUUUUUUAUGUAUGGUUCGAUGCGCCUAUAGGUUAUAUAUCGAUAACAAAAGAACUACUAGGUGAUAAAUGGGUUCAUUGGUGGAAAAAUCCUGCCAAUGUUGAGUUGUACAAUUUUGUUGGGAAGGAUAAUGUUGCUUUUCAUUCAGUCAUGUUUCCUGCUUGUUUAAUUGCCACGGGUAAUAAUUUUACGUUGGUUAAUCAUUUGUGUGCUACAGAACAUCUGAAUUAUGAAAAUACAAAAUUUAGCAAGUCUCGCGGAACUGGUGUAUUUGGUGAUAUGGCAAAAGAAACAGGUAUUGAAGCUGAUAUAUGGAGGUUUUACUUAUUGUAUAUGCGACCCGAAACACAGGACACUACAUUUGCCUGGAAUGAUUUCGCCUUAAAAGUAAAUUCAGAACUAUCGAAUAACCUGGGAAAUUUCAUAAAUAGAGCUUUAUCAUUCAUCACGUCUGCUUUCAAUGGUGUUGUGCCUAAUAUGAAAUUAUCCGAUGAUGAAAUAAUAUUAAUCAAUGAAAUUGAAAAUGAUCUGAUUGAAUAUAAUGCUUUACUAUCGUCUGUUAAACUUCGAGAGGGCAUUACUAAAAUUUUAGCGAUGUCUCGCCGUGGAAAUCUUUAUAUGCAGUCGAUGAAACCAUGGACAUUAAUUAAAGGAAAUGAACAACAGAGGCUUAGAGCUGGUACAAUCGUUGGUGUCGCAGCAAAUAUUUCUUAUUUAUUAGCUAUUGUAUUACAUCCUUAUAUGCCAAAUGUAAGUCGUCGAAUUCGCGAACAGUGUGGUCUUCCUGAAUUGCCAUUAAUUCCGGAAAUUCCGAUUGAGUUUUUGCCUGAAGGACACAAAAUUGGCCUGGUUUGUUGUAUUUCUUUUCAUAAUCUUUUCGUAAUUAUAAGAAAAAAAUUUUAUUUGGAAUCAUGGCAAUCAUUUUCCAGCAGAUUUCAGAAAAUCUCUGAGAACAGUGUGGACAAAAAUUUUAGUGAAAGUAAGAUCUUAAAUUUAUCCAAUAUUUUUAUAGAUGGAGAUGACACUAUUGAUAUAGGGCGUCUAGAUUUACGUGUUGGACGCAUUUUAAAGGCUGAAAAACAUCCAGAUGCUGAUGCACUUUAUGUAGAACAAAUUGAUGUUGGUGAGGAAAAACCAAGAACUGUAAUCUCUGGUUUAGUUCGCUUUGUGCCAGUUGAAAUGAUGCAGAAUAGAUUAGUGAUUUGCUUAUGCAAUUUGAAACCAGUAAAAAUGCGAGGUAUUGAAUCGCAAGCUAUGGUGAUGUGUGCUUCAACAGUAGAGAAUGUUGAAAUUCUUGAAGUCGAUUCAUCUUCUGUGCCGGGUCAACGUAUUCUUUGUCGUGGCUUCAGAUAUCGACCUGAUUCAGUUCUUAAUCCAAAAAAGAAAAUAUGGGAGACUAUUGCUGUUGAUCUUUUUGUUGAUGAAGAUGGAUAUGCGACCUAUAGAAAUAAAAGAAUCGUUGUUGAAGGAAUAGAAACACCUAUAACUGCUCCCACAUUGCGAAAAGUACCCAUAAAAUAA